AUGACAAAGGAAUUACCAUCAGGGUAUAUUCAAGGUCCUUUUCGACUUUAUAAAACUUAUCAACCCCAUCUUAUAGAACAUAAAUUAUCUAAAUUUGAACAAUUUAUUAUAUUUUCAAUUUUACUUAUUUCAUUAAUUCGAUUAUAUAAAUUAUAUAUUCCUGAUCGGGUAGUAUUUGAUGAAAUUCAUUUAAUUAAAUAUAUUAAAAAUUAUUAUCAUGGGACUAUAUUUAUUGAUAUUCAUCCACCAUUAGGAAAAUUAAUUUAUUAUUAUAUCAGUAAAUUAUUUCUGUUUAAACAUGAUGAUGACGAUUUGCAAAUUGAUAUUAUUGGUGAUUUAUACCCGGAAAAUUUCCCUUAUUUAUGGUUACGAUUAUUUAGUGGUAUUUGUGGUAUUGGUCAUGUUUUAUUGACAUUUUUCAUAUUAAGAAUAAGUUGUAAUCUGAUCAUUUCAAUUAUUAUUACUUUAUUGAUUUGUUUGGAGAAUUCAAUGGUGACAGUAUCAAGAUUGAUAUUAUUAGAAGGUCCAUCAUUAUUUGUACAAAGUUUGGUGAUUUAUAAUUAUAAAGCAUUUACUACACGUAAACCAUUUACAAAGAAUUGGUAUUUAAAUUUAUUUCUCAUUGGAAUAUCUUUAGGGUUAAAUAUAUCAUUGAAAAUUUCUGGAUUUUUCACAUUUUUAUGGGUAGGAAUUUUAACAUGUAUUGAAUUAUGGGAGAUUUUAGGUGAUUUAAAUAUUUCAAUUGGUCAAUUUAUUAAACAUUUCAUUUUACGUAUAAUAGGGGUUAUUUUGAUUCCCUUGAUAAUAUAUUGUUCAAUAUUUUAUAUUCAUUUUGAAAAUUUGCCAAAUGAAGGUCCUGGAUCAGGAUUUUUGACACCACAUUUUAGAUCUACUUUAAAUGAUUAUCAACAACAACCUUUACAAGUUUUAUAUGGAAGUACUGUCACUAUAAAACAUAAUGCAUUAGAGAAAUAUUUACAUUCACAUGAAUUGACUUAUCCAAGAGGUUCAAAUUUACAACAAGUAACAUUAUAUGAUUUUCCUGAUAUUAAUAAUGAAUGGAUAAUUGAAACCAAACAAAAAUAUAAUGAAGAAAAAUUGAUGACUGAUGAAAAAGAAAUUAAAGAUGGUGAUAUUAUUAGAUUAUAUCAUAAAUCCACUGGACAUUAUUUACAUGUUAAUGAUAUUCGUCCACCUAUUUCUGAACAUGAUUAUAGUUAUGAAGUAAAUGGGAAUGAAACAAGAGGAUUAUUAGGUAAUGAAAAUUAUGAAUUUAAAAUUCGAAUAUUAAUGAAAAAAUCUCAUUCCACAAAUGAUUUACCAUUAAUUAAAUUAAGAACUACAGAAACUAUUUUCCAAUUAAUUCAUCAAGGAAUUCGAUGUAAUCUUAUGAGUCAUGAACAAAAAUUACCAGAUUGGGGUCAAUAUCAAAAUGAAGUAUUAUGUGUUAAAGAACCAACAAUUCCAAAUACAUUAUGGUAUAUUGAACUGUCAUCACAUCCAUUAUUAAAUAAUAAAACUAAUAAAUUGAAAAAUUUCCCUAAAUUUUCAUUUUGGUCAAAAUUAAUUGAAACUCAUAAAAUCAUGUUUAAUUUAAAUAAACAAUUUAAUAAUCCUCAUCCUUAUACUUCUAAACCAUUUUUAAAUUGGCCUAUUUUAUCUAGAGGUAUUGCAUUUUUCAAUAAUUAUAAUUUGAAAUUAAUUGAUGAAGAUUCAAGUUUAAUUUAUUAUUUAGGAAAUGUCGUUAUUUAUUAUCUGGUAUUUUCUGUGGUUUUAAUAACGAUAUUUAAAUGGUCCAUUUAUUUAUUUAUAAGAUUAAAUCCUUAUUCUAUCUCACCUUCAUCAUAUUCAAACUUUUAUGAUAAUUCCUGGCAAUAUUUAUUAGGAUGGUUAAUUAAUUAUAUUCCAUAUUGUUUUAUGUCAAGAAAUUUAUAUUUACAUCAUUAUUUACUGGCAUUAAAUUUUGGUAUAUUAUUAUUAAGUCAAUAUUUGAAUUAUCUUAUGACUAAAAAUAAAAUUAUUGGUAAUAUAAUAACCAUAACAAUAUUUGUCAGUGCAACAUAUUGUUUUUAUGAAUUUAUACCUAUCAUAUAUGGAUUACCAUGGACAUUAAAUCAAUGUAAUUCUCAUAAAUGGUUUUCAAAUUGGGAUAUUGAUUGUAUGACAUAUACGGGUUAA